UCUUUCUUAUCACAGAGCUGCACAUCUUGUUCACACAACAGGUCAGAGAUUACCUGCAGUCUAUAAAUCAUCAUCAAAACCGCACAACUUGUUCACACAACAGGUCAGAGAUUACCUGCAGUCUAUAAAUCAUCAUCAAAUUUACCUGGCGCCUUAAAACUAUGGCACAGACGGAGCAUAUCAACAGAAAAGAUCUCCGGAUCGUUCUGCUGGGUAAAACUGGAGCCGGGAAGAGUGCAACAGGAAACACCAUCCUGGGAAAAAAGGCUUUUGGGGAGAAACGUUCUUCAGAGUCGGUCACUAAGAAAUGUAGUGCACACAAUGUGAUAGUAGAUGGCCAGAGAAUCACUGUGAUUGACACGCCGGGACUCUGUGACACAUCAAUGAGCAAAGGACAACUUAAAGAUAAAAUAGCAGAGAUGUUCAAUCAUUCUGGUGAUGGUGUUCAUGCAUUUCUGCUGGUGAUCAGUGUGUGCACUAAAUUUACAGAGGAGGAAAGGAAUUCUGUGAAGUGGAUCCAGGAUAACUAUGGUGAAGAGGCUUCAAAAAACACCAUCGUGUUGUUUACAAAUGGAGAUGAAUUAGACUCCAGUGAAACAACAAUUGAAGAAUUUAUGGGGGAAAGUCUGCAGAGGUUAGUUAAUCAGUGUAAUAGAAGAUAUCAGGUUUUUAGAAACAGAACUAAUGAUCGCUCCCAGGUCACUGAGCUUGUGGAAAAGAUAAGGAAAAUGGUGAAUGAAAAUGAACUUUACACUAGAAAGAAAUAUGAGGAAACUCAAAGAAAUUUGCUCUUGCGAGCAGGAGCACUAGGAGCAGCAGCAGGAGCAGGAGUAGGUGGGGGAGGAGCUUGUUUAGCAGGAGCUGCUAAAGCUACAGUAGUUGGUGCUGCAGUGGCGGGGGGUGUGGCUGGGGGGUGUGGGUGUAGCUGCUGUAGCUGGAGUUUGUGGAGUUGGAGCAGCGACAUAUAA